UCUUAUUCGUUCUCGUUCUAGUACAGUUCUUCUGUCGUCGCAGAUUAUUUGGAUAUACUUGCUCUGAAUAUUUGUGCGAUUUCAAGAUGUUUUAUUAUUUAUCUUCUUUCGUUUCAUCCACCGCAUUCUUCAAUAGGUUUUUAUUCAACUUUUAGACAUCAUCUAUUACGUCUGGCAUCCUUCUAAAGGCGAAUGGUUAUGCCCGAAGGAUGCCAUCGUCGUCUCGGUCGAGGGGCUCCGGCCGCGGCCCAGACGGCGCGCCACGAGCACAAGUAAUAGCGCCUAUGUCGGAGCGGCAACAGUUGGCCUUAGUGAUGCAGAUGUCUUCUCAAGAAGCCCCCCCAGUUGCUGCGACCCCAGCUGAAGAGAGGAAACGUACCAGACAGCAGAGGAACGAGCGAGGAGAAACUCCACUUCACGUCGCUGCUAUCAAGGGUGAUCAUGAUCAAGUUAAAAAGCUUCUCGAUCAAGGUCAAGAUCCAGAUGUACCUGAUUUUGCUGGAUGGACCCCACUUCAUGAGGCAUGCAGCUACGGUUGGCACCCUGUGGUAGUUGUACUGGUUAAUGGGGGUGCCAAUGUCAAUGCGAAGGGUUUGGACGACGAUACGCCGCUGCACGACGCUACCACCUCUGGCAACCUUAAAAUGGUGAAGUUCCUUGUUGAACAUGGAGCAGAUCCAUUUGUCAAGAAUAAAAAGGGGAAAAUGCCUUCUGAUUAUGCAGCUCCGGACAUCUAUGAAUAUCUGGAAUCAAUAAAAGGUAUUCUGCCUCGAUCGAAACGCAAACGUGUGACGGUCCGUGAUAAUAACAGUAGAGCGUCACACGUCGGCCGCGCAAGGGAUGACAGCGCCAAAAAGGGUUGCAAUGCAAACAGCGACAGCAGUAAGAGAAGCAACAUGGAGAGCCUAGCGCAGGGCGAUCAUUUCGAGGGCAAGGAAACCUCGCAAGAGAAGGGAUCCACCUCGGAUAACAGGGAUGAUGGUGCACAGCUUAGCAGUGGAGUGGUAUCGUCCACCCAAGAUGAAGGAAGUGGAAGUUCUAAAAGAUCACAUGUUGAUGAAAUCCAUGAAGCUGAGGCUACAGAUGACGAUGUUUCAAAAAGAAAGAAAAAGAAAGAAACUGAAGAUAAGGAACCCAUGGCAAAACCAGCCCCGGUAGCACGGGGUGGACCUGGACGGGUAUUAACUGGUAACAAACCUCCGGGUCCUGCAAGUAAGACAGGGGCUUCGCCGCUGAGCAAAAGUGGCGGCAGUCAGAGCAGCAGCAAAGGUGCUGGCGGCGCUUCAGGGAAAGGCAGCCAGACGGCGCAGGGGAAGGGCGGCGCGGGGGCGAAAGCCAACGCGCAAGGUUCUCACCAGGGUAAAUCCUCUGGAGGAUCAAAGGGGGCGUCAAGUUCAUCAUCAGGCAAACAAGACAGGAAGAGCCCCGUUGCUAGUCCGAAACCAAAUCAAAACAAAGACAGCGGGGAUGGCGACGGAGACGAACCCAAGAGUCAAGAGUUGAGCGCACCGAAGGUCCCGCCGCUGAAGAUAGUCCUCCCCGGCGGCAGCGGAUCCAGCGGACGCAUCGAACAAGAGGGUGAAGGUGGUACAGGUCAAAGAGGGAGCGGAAAGGGGCGAGGCAGUAUUUCGUCGUUACCGUACGUGAUCCCGUGCACGAGCGCGGACCCGGGCCAGACGUCGGACAGCUCGGACGGCACCGUGGAAGACAAGCGGCCUCCGGACACCAGCAAGGCUGGGCAAAGAGUCCUCCGUUCGCACAGGACGAAUGACGGAGAGAAGGACAAGGAACGGACGUCCCCUCAGACAGGAUCAGGGCAGAAUCAGUCUUCUUUGAAUUCCAACAAGAGCCCGCCACCUUCGGGCUCUAGGGGUGACGUUACCACUGGCAAAAAGAACGCCCACCAUGAUGAUCAUCAUCCGUCCACAUCGGGCAAUAGAGGAUCUGAGUCGGCGUCGACGGGCUCAUCUGUAGAACUUCACCCGAGGAAGAGAAAGUUAAAAGCAUCAAAAGACAGCCAUUCCCGUGAACCAUCCAAGAGUGAGUCGGCUUCGGAAACCAGCAGUGCGGCUCACAACGUCACCCAUUCAAAUCCGUAUCAAAUGUACAUUCACAUACGGAAACAGAUUGAUCGUCGCCAGAGAGGUUUAUUCCCGGUGAAGCCUAAGCCACCGAAGGACUUCAACAAGUAUUUAAUGAACCGGUGUACAUACACCCUUCAGAGCAACGUGAACCCUGAGCCCCAAGUAGAAAUACCUAUUAGUUUACCACCACAAAUGGUAAAUGAGUUUUUGACACAAGAAAAAGAAAGAACUCGACUGCGUAUUCAACACCUAGUAGAGAAAGAGAAACUUGUGCUGGCGGUCGAACAAGAGAUAUUGCGCGUUCACGGGCGCGCCGAACGCGCUGUGGCCAAUCAGGCUCUUCCUUUCUCUGUGUGCACAAUGCUGCGUGACAAAGAGGUUUACAAUGUGUUGGCGCCAGAGCAGGAGGAGAAACGCAACGCGCAGCGCUCCCGGUGUAAUGGCCGGCAAAUCAACUCCUGGCUGCAGGAGGUGGAUGACAAAUGGGAGAAGAUAAAGGAAGGGAUGCUUCGACGACAGCACACGGAAGCUGAAACGUUACACGCAGUACAAAUUAUGGGCUGGGAAUGGAAGCUCAAGGAACUGGGCCUUUGUGAUUACAAAACUACGCCCAAAAUAGAUCCAUCGCACGUGCCACAAAUCCACGUGUCGAAUUUUGAUUUGCCCGCUUGAAUUUUGAGUUGUGAUUGCCUUAGUUAAUGUAACGUCAGUCCUAUAAGACUGACAUAAUUUAAACUACUUUUAAGUUAUUUGUAAAAUGUGAUCUAAAACUCUAUUAUAACACCAAUUGGUAAAACAAUCAAGCGGAGCUACAAAAUUGGAUUAUAAAACUCUAAAUUUUCGACCCUUGUCGAGCCUUUACAUGAUUCUCCCGCGCCUCAUCUCCCGGUGACUGAUGACUCUGCACGAAUUGAUCAACUGUUUUACCUUUUUUUUAUAAAUCAGAAUCAUUCGUUUUCGGGAGGUGGUCGUAACAAAAAAAAAACAAUAAAAAAAAGUCCAUGGCUGACGUUUUAGUCUUUCUUAUGGACCUAUUUUAAUUAUUAUUAGAUUUUAUAUUUUAUUUGUCGUUCCUUUACGGUAAAUUUAUAAUUAUUGUACUCCAAUUCGCUAAUCAUUUUAUUUUUCAAAUGCAAACAUAAUUUUGAAAAAUUAUCAUCUUUUAUAACAUUUUUAUUGAUGUCCUUAUUAUUUUAUGCAGGUCCGGAUUAACCACGCCAGGCUUGUAAGUAAUGCCAUUUUUCAGUCAACAAUAAAUUUGUGUUAUUUGUACAUCACCUGUACAAAUAACAUCUCAAGUAAUGGCAGUAAAUUAAUUCGGCCCUGGUUUUAUGCAGUUUAUUACAACCAUGGCGAAAAAAAUACAUAAAUAUAUUCUGUGUCGAUUAUUUGUUAUAGAUUUUAUUUCUAAGCUUGUAAGUUUUAAAAAUAUAUAUCUACUACGAUAAUGUGAUUUAGAUAAGAUUGAAAUGUAAUGAAAUGAAUAAAACAGGGAUGUUAAUAAAAUAGGCACACAAUGAUUACGAAAUUCUAUUAUUUUAAACAGGAAUCAUGCAAGUAAUUUUUUAGACCUUUCUAAAGGAGAAAUAUUGCUAUUCUUAGCCUUUUUAAUCACUAUCGCAAUUUACCUACAAAACUAAUGUUUUAUUUGCAUAACGUAGUAGUGGGUAGUGUUUAUUUAACUUGGACGAUCUACAACUUUGUGUAGUUGAUUUAUUUUGCAAAUAAAAACGUAUAACCGUAUUGUGUGCCCAAAGAGCAUGAAACAAAUCGUCUAAACUUCAUUAAUCUUCUGUGAUAUUUAAUUCGCUCCUGCCUUGUAAAUAUUAAAUAAGUAACUCUAAAAUCAAAUAACGAAAUUGUCUGCAAGUUUAUACGCCAACAGACCUUAACUUUGGAGUUACAUAUUUAAAUUAUCUUACAUAGUUAUUUUAAGUUUAGUAAUUUGCAAUGUAUGUAAUUUUAAUUGUAUUAUUUGGAUUAAACUAAGAAAUCUGACUAGAUCUCAUCAA